CUUCAGGUGGGGAAGUUCUUGGUCACAGUCGGUCGACGUCUCUUACAGGUGAUUCUGCUCUUAAGUGAGAAGGAUUUUGGCGUAUGAGAGAAAGCUGCUGCUACCAUUUUUCUGCAGCUAACUUUUUUCAGGGCAGUUUCAGAGCAGGUCCGACUUCAAGACACCACGUACUGUUGAUCUUUCUUUGAAAUCCAUACUUGGAUACUUUGCCCCAUAAAAGUGGACGUGACGGCAUCAACCAUGUCUUCACAGGGCUACGUUGGAAAACUGUCAGGCCCCAACAAUUACAGCUUGUGGAGGGCCAAAACGAUGAAUCGUUUAAUGAAAGAGAAUCUGUGGUACGUCGUCUGUGGAGACGAGGAACGACCCACUGAAGGUGCAGCAGCACAGAAAGACCACGACGAGAAGCAAAACAGAGCCUUGACUCUCAUUGCGGCAUCUAUCAAUGACAAAUUGGUUUGCGAGAUUUCGCAAUGUAGGAGUGGUACUGAGGCUUGGAAUAGGCUGGAAGACAAAUGUCAUUCUUCAGCUGAAUUGACAACGAUCAAACUGAAGGAGCAACUCUAUAAAGCCAAGUUGCCGGAGGGUGGUGAUUUAGGUGACCAUCUGAACCAAAUUGAAGACCUAUUUUUGAAGCUGGCUCAAUUGAAUGUUGAUCACAGUGAAAAAGAAGUCGUGUUGACAACCAUGAAUAGUCUCAACAACAGUUAUCGACCUUUUGUUUCCAAUGUACUUGCUCGACACAAGGACAAUCUUCCAGAAUUCAAGGAACUUUGUGAUAUGCUGCUUGAAGAGGAGGCUAAGAAACAUUCAGGUCAUGGAAGUUCUUCUACAAAUCCAGUCAAGACGCAGCCAAACGUCAGAGCAGGCAAGAAUCCUGCUCUACAGGAGGUGUACUUCUGUGUAUACUGCAAUAAGCGUGGCCACACAAUUGAACUUUGCAGGAAGAGGACUGGAUCCUGCUUCCAUUGUGGGAGGAAAGGCCACAAGAUAGAACAGUGCUUCGACAGGAAAUAAGAAGAAAAAGAAGCAAGAACUUGAAGGCAAGGUGAGGAAAUUGUUUAAUGUCCCCGACCAUAAUACAGGGCAGAACGGCAACUAGUUCGUGAAUUAGAUGCUUUGAAGUAAGUCCAUGAAUCCAGAUAACAAAGUAACUCGAUCUAGGGAACCGACUCUACGGAGGAAAAAGAGUGUCACUUGAGUGAACACGAACAAUGAUCGCAUCAAGCAGUCCCCUCCCUUUAUGUUAGUGAGUGAUCUGUUCUAUUGUGUGCGCAUAGGCGUCGAGAGAACAGUUUCAGAAGAGCAGACAGGUCCUAAUUCUUGGCAUGUCACUCCCACUUGGAAAUAAUUACUGUAAGGUCGGUUCUGCUAUCUUGAACAAUAUAUCCAAUAAAGCACU